GUUGAACCGUCUCUAGCUUCUAGUGCAUUUCUUUUAUUAUUACUAUUGUAUACUCUUAAAAUAGGAAUCAUGUUUAUUGCUGCUGCUAUUGUAUUUGGUCUUGCUACUUCUGCUUUCGCGAUUCCGUCAACUCCGAUUAUAUCGCUGCCUGCCUUUUAUUCGCCCCAAACCGUGGCCAAGUUUACCUCGACUAUUCCCAAUGGUCUGGCUACUUCCAGUUUGACCACUCUUAAAAAUAUUGCCAGCGACCACCUUCACAAGUCUCUUGCUCUUGGUUCAGGAGUGACUAUUGUUCCAUCUGCUUCGUUCCAAGACAACCAUAGCGGUGUGUACCAUAAUUAUGUUACCCAGGCAGUUAAUGGUGUUGUGAUUGCCAAUUCAGUUGCUUCGGUUUCUACUGAUAAAAGCGGAAAUAUCAUCUCCCAAACAAGUUCAUGGGUAAAUGUCCAGUCUGAGCCCAAUCUCGGCAGGUUUUCGAGUUUAAAGACAAUCUCUCCAGUCGAUGCUCUGGUUGCUCUUGCUGCUUCAUUAGGCAUCCAAAUCGACGGGAAAACGCUUACGACAUCGCCUGAUCCAAAUUUCCCUGAAUCACUGGUGAUUCAUGGUGCACAAAGUAUUACCAAUCAAACAAUUACUGUUAGUGACAAAUUGUACAAAACUGCCUCGAGUCUGCGUCCUGUUUGGGAGUGCAGUUUACCAUUGAGCGUGUCGUGGAUUUCUGCUUUUGUCGACAAGGAAACCGGCAAGGUUCUCGGGGCUUCUGAUUGGUCGUCAUCUGCUGUUCGAACUGAAGAUGGCCGUAUUAUUCCUCAAGGUUUGCCUAAUGAUACUCACACUAGUUUGACUCGCAGGUCUUUAGUUGUUAUCGACAAAAGACAACGUCGCAUUCCUACUCGUAGACCUCGUCGAACCAGGACUACUACAGCUCGCAAAAAUCGUGCUCAGCAAACUACUUCAUCACCCAACCCUACUGCUGGUCCUGACACUCCAUCGCCUAACCCUCCACCCACCGGAAAUAUUCCACCUACUUCUUACCGUGUCAUUCCGCUUGGUGGACGUGAUCCACUGGCUUCAAAAGCAACUCUUGUUCAAAAUCCGUUUGAUAAGGAAGCUUCUCCGCUCGGCUGGCACGACAAAAAUGACUCUCAGGGCUCAACCUCUAUUACUAGCGGUAACAAUGUAAUUGCUCACGACAAUUCCAACAACUCCAACAAUCCAAGCUCUGGCUUAACCACCGCCAACAGCUUUGAUUUCGAUUUUCAAUUUGAUGACAAGAACCAAGAUCCAUCAGAGUAUAAAGAUGCGUCUGUUACCAAUGUCUUUUUUUUGACAAAUGCAUAUCACGACAUCCUGUUCAAAUAUGGAUUUGAUGAACAGUCUGGCAACUUUCAACAAUCCAAUAUCGGUGGCCAAGGAAGAGGAAAUGAUGCAGUUUUGGCCCAUGUGCAGGAUGGAUCAGGUCUAAACAAUGCCAACUUUAAUACCCCACCAGAUGGACGAACUGGUGUUAUGCGCAUGUUCCUUUUUGACACUACCAAUCCAAAACGCGAUGCUGCAUUUGAUAACGGUGUUGUGCUGCACGAACUGACUCAUGGUUUAUCAAAUCGUUUGACUGGUGGGCCUAGCAACUCCAACUGUUUGCAACGCACCGAGUCUGGUGGAAUGGGCGAAGGAUGGUCAGAUCUAGUUGCAUUGGUGCUUGAAAUGGUAGAAUCUGAUACUGCAGCUACCCCAAAACCUGUUGGUGUCUAUGUCACCAAUGAUCUACAAACAGGCAUCCGUCAAUUCCCUUACUCCACCGAUCUGACAAUUAACACCCAUACAUACAGUAAACUCAGUACCACUCGAGAAGUUCACGAUGUUGGUGAGGUUUGGGCUACAAUGCUUUUUGAAGUUUACUGGAACAUGGUGGGCAAGCUUGGAUUCACUCCCAACCUUAAAGACGAUGCUAAAUCUGGAAAAGGCAAUGCCGUGUUUUUGCAGAUUUUGGUUGAUGGAAUGAAACUUCAACCUUGCAAUCCUACAUUUAUUCAAGCAAGGGAUGCAAUUAUCCAGGCAGACAAGGCGGCAAAUAACGGUGCUAAUUUGUGUGAGAUCCAAAAAGGAUUUGCUAAACGUGGUUUAGGCAUAAACGCUCAAGAUGAUGGUUCUUUUGUUGAUGAUUCUACUGUUGAUCCUUCAUGCUCUUGAUCUCUUGUAUUUAUUUGACUUGCAUUUAGUCGACUCUUGUAUUUAGUCGACUCUUGUUGCCAUUGUAUGAUUAGCCACAUUUUAUGUUGGGCUGACGCUUUGAAUUUUGAAAUGAAACAUUCGUUUAUAUAUUGAU